AUGUCCGCUCGCAAGUCUUUGAGGGGGCUGAUGCGCGUCAACGACGAAGAGGUGACGAAGGCAAAGAACGAACUGGACAAGAUCCAGCACAAUAUUGACGUCCUGCGUGACGGCAUAAAGGAGCUGCAAGAAAAGUACCAGGCCAACAACCGCAAGCAAGAAGAGAAGGAGGCGUUAAUUCCUAAGGCGCAACAGCUGCUGGACAUUAUGACCUUCAACGUGAACAUUUUGCCUGUGGUUUGCAAUCGGGACACCGACGACGAACAGUUUAAACGUCAGAUAGAAGUGUUGGACGAGAAACUUGUCAACUGGGACGAAGACAAGGAUUCGGCCCUGGAAUUGGCACGGAAGAAAUUGAUUUCGACGGCCAGUCAGAAGAUUAAAGAGUUUCUGUUGAACCAAAUCGAAAAGAUUGGGAGGCCGACCACCAACAUCAAAACCAUAAAGAGCAUCCUGCUCGACAACAAGUCUUUCAAUCACUUCCUGGGACGUCACGCUCCGAACGAAGGGAAGGCGGUGAUGGACGAGUAUGUUUUCUCCAUGCAACAAACGUACCACAAGCACUUUCAACGGUCUAACGGUGUGUACAAAGGGAAGCUUACUGAAAAAGAUUUUAUGGGAGUGGAGGAGUGUGCUGCGCCGUUUAAUUUGAACGGUAGGCUGGACAUAUUCGACGAGGACUUCCAAAACUACAACUACGACAUGUUUGAGCACAAGUUCAAGGUGCUCCAUCAUCCCUUCGUUGGAAUCUCGUACAACGAGUACAAAUUCAUCUGCAAAUUUUUCCUUGUUAGGGAAGAAGAAGCGGGGUUCUUCUUCCAAGAGGUCAUGACUUCGAGCCUGGAAAUUUUGCACACAAGUUUACAGGACGACAUAGGAGCCUGUUUGGAUGCUUACGGCUUGUUGCUGGCCUACCAGCUGUUGGUGAGAUCCAAAAACUUGUACGAAAAGUCCAUUCCAGUUUUGCACGAUUAUUGGUUGGAGGUUGAGGAGAAGCUUUGGUCACGGUUCGAGUAUAUUUUCCAAAGGCACAUUGACAGCAUCUUGAGAAUUGACAAGUACAAGUUCGACAAGAACAUGGCCGCCCAUUACGUCUCGAAACGUUUCGCCCAAUUUUGCACCUCAAUUAAUCAAAUUAUGAGCUACGCCGCCAAUGUUAAGGUUGGGGAAUUGCUGGAGAAGUUACUGCACACCGUCAACGAUUUUAUUGUGGCUUUGUCGAAGCAGCUGGACACGGCCAUUGACCAACUGAUCUUCCUCAUCAACAACUACGAAACGAUCCUGGAACACCUCGAUGAUUCAUUCUGGGAACUGGACCUCUUCAAGGACAAACUGGAUUCAAAGAUGCAAAGCUACUCGGAGCUCAUACUGAUGGUUUACUUUGAGGAAAUGAUUUUGUUCACCAAUCGAAGCGAGAACAUGCAAGCCCACGGAUUGGACAAGGAGCUGAGGAGGAUCCAGGAGAAAUCCGAGUGGUAUGCCAAGCACUUUGCCGACACGUGGAAGAAAAGCUUUGAAGAGUUGAACGCUGAGAUUUCUGCCUCCUUCCAGAACAUCAGGACGACCACCAACUUGUUGGAGAACACCUUGAUGAGGCUCAGGAAGUACAUCAAGAGGUUCUACGGCGUCCUGCCCGAGGAUGCCAGGAAGCACAUCAAGAUUUCGGAGGUCCUGAACGAGAUUGUGGAGUGUAAAAUUGAAUUGUGA